AUGGAGAACGCAGCGAACAGCCACUCGCAGCAUGAUCCUGGCCCAAAUAACUCACAGACAAAGCUCACUUCCGAGCCAAACGCGCCAGGAAGACGACAAUCAUCUGACAAGGAGAGCACAUUGGUGGAUUCCUCUCCAGGGCUUGAAUAUCCCGAGUCGCCUGUUCCUGAGAGGCGCAGUGACGGCCAAGCAAUGGACAUGGAAUACAGCGAGGGCCAUGGGGAUGAAAAACAAGAGCCAGAAUAUCUGAAGUCAUGGAAGCUGGCCUUGGUCAUGACCAGUAUCAGCCUUGUGAUUUUCUGCAUGUCUUUGGACAAUACAAUUCUGGCGACGGCGAUUCCCAAGAUUACGGAUCAGUUCAACUCUUUGGAUGAUGUCGGUUGGUAUGGAAGUUCCUACAUGCUGACCACUUGCUCUCUGAUACUUCCAUACGGCAAAUUCUACACGUUCUACUCGACCAAAUGGGUCUAUCUCAGUGCGAUAGCCGUCUUCGAGAUUGGAUCUUUGAUAUGCGGCGUCGCUCCUAAUUCUGUCGCGCUGAUCAUUGGCCGUGCGGUAGCCGGUUUGGGUGCUGCUGGAUUAUUUACUGGGUCAAUCCUGAUUAUCUCCCAGACCGUGCCACUGCAGAAGCGACCAAUCUACACUGGUGUGCUGGGUGGCAUGUAUGGCAUUUCCAGUGUGGCUGGGCCUCUGAUGGGUGGUGCCUUUACCGACCAUGUCACCUGGAGAUGGUGUUUCUAUAUCAAUUUGCCUAUCGGUGGUUUGACUUGGCUCUUCGUCCUGCUGUUUUUCAAGGCGCCAAGAUCAUACAAGGAUAAUUCGGGUCUCAAGGAUCAGCUGUCGCGGCUUGAUCUGCCAGGUCUUUUCGUCUUCUUCCCCGCCAUCGUCUCCAUGCUACUGGCUCUGCAAUGGGGAGGCACCAAGUACAAUUGGGGCAAUGCCCGCAUCAUCGCUCUGUUCAUCCUGUUUGGAGUUCUGAUCGUGAUCUUCAUCAUUCGGCAGCAAUGGGCGCAGGAGAUGGCUACGGUGCCUCCUCGAAUAUUGAAGAACCGUAACGUCUGGGGUGCUGCAUUUUUUAGCUUCUGUGAAUCGGCUGCGUUCAUGCUGUUUGUUUACUACCUUCCGAUUUGGUUCCAAGCCAUCAAAGACGUCUCGGCGACCAAAUCUGGUAUCAUGAAUCUGCCCAUGCUGCUUGGAACAGUUCUGAUGUCACUCCUCUCUGGGGUCAUGGUUUCUGCAAUUGGCUACUACACACCCUUCAUGCUGAUCUCCCCUGUGAUUAUGACGAUUGGGGCCGGUCUGCUAUCGACACUGAAGGUCGACUCCGGCCAUGCUGUUUGGAUAGGGUACCAGGCCCUGACUGGGAUUGGGAUUGGCCUCGGACUUCAGCAAGCAAUGAUUGUGGUGCAGACUGCGGUCCAAGACACGGAUGUCCCCAGUGCGACGUCCAUCGUGAUGUUCAUGCAAACUCUUGGAGGCGCGCUGUUCGUUUCAGUGGGGCAGAACGUAUUCCAGAACCAGCUGUACAAGAAUCUGGCCAUCCAGGCGCCUAGUGUCGAUGCUGCGCAAGUCGCAGGUACUGGUGCAACCAUGCUGCGGCACGUUGUUUCCGAGGAUGUUCUGCCAGCAGUCCUCGUUGCCUACAGUAACGCCAUCACCGAGUCGUUCUACGUUGCUGUUGCCAUGUCGGCGAUUUCGAUAUUCGGAGCGAUUCCCGUGCAGUGGCUCUCCGUGAAGGGGAAGAAGAUCGAGGCACUCCCGGCUUAG